CGUCGGCGGUGUGCGCACGCGCGACCUUCCUCCGGCUGGCGCCCAGGCUCGCCUGCGGUGGAGCCGAGCCCGGGGAAGGUGGGGGAGAAAGGGCGCAUGCGCGGGAGCUGCAAGCUAGCGGGCAUCGGCCAUGGCUGAGUGGGCGCCUGCCCAGGCGUGGGAAUGGGAGGCGGAGCCCCAGCACCUCCCGCCCUUCCAGCCUCCCGCCCUUUUCGACCAAUCGGCCGAGCGGGAGAUCUACCCGGCGGCCGAGAUCUCCCUGUGGACGGUGGUGGCCGCCAUCCAAGCGCUCGAGCGGAAGGUGGACACCUCGGCCGCCCGGCUGCUCAACCUGGAAGGCCGGAUGGCCACCGCCGAGAAGAAGGUUUUCGACUGCGAGAAAACGGAACUCGAACUCGGCAACCACCUGGCGGCCUUGGGCGCCCUGAUCCAGGAGUACCGGGGGCUCCAGCGCCGCCUGGAGAACAUGGAGAACCUGCUGAAGAACCGCAACUUCUGGAUCCUCAGGCUCCCGCUGGGUCCGAAGGGGCAGAUCCCCAAGGUGCCGGUGACCUUUGAUGAAGAGGCAGCCGUGAAUUUUUCCAGCCUGGAAUGGGCCCAGCUGGAGGACUGGCAGAAGGAACUUUAUCGGAACAUCACGCGAGGGAACUACAAGCCGCUGGUCUCGUUGGACUCCGCCAUGGCCCGAGCCGACCUCCUCCCUCCACAGGCGGCUCCGGGGGGAGCGCCCCACGUGGCAGAUCAGCCCCCGGGGGGCGGAAAGGGGCUCCCCGCGGCGCCCAAGACAGCCGAAGCGUUGGCUUCCAAAGACGAUCUCUUCUCCUGGAUCAAGCAGGAGGAAUCUGCCGGUCCCGGGAAGUGGAAUCUGGAGAGGGAGAUCCCGGCCCCCGUCGGCUACGAGGAGAGUACACCGGUCAAAAGCGAGGAACAGCGGCUCCAAGAAAGUUUGAAACAGGCCUUUCCCGCCCGGCUCCCUUCAGCUCCCGGCGACGAGGUCUUCCAGGUGCCCCGAUGCUGCCAGCGGCAAAGCUGCCUGCAGAGUCAACCUGUCCCUCCUCCUCUUACUACUCCUACUCCUCCUACCCCUCCUACUCCUACCCAAAAGCCACCCCACCCCAGUGAGAGAACCUGCCCGGAUCCCGAGGCUGCCCCACCAGCGACCUGCUUAAAGGAAGGACAGCCGAGAUGCUUCAAGGGUCCGGAGGGGUUUGCCUUGCCCCCGAGGGUUCCCGCAGGAGAGGAAGGGUACGGGGAAGGGGUCAGGCCGGUGACUGAAUCCGGGCUCCCCCAGAUCCCCGAGACCUACCUGUGCCCGGAGAGUAAUGGCAGCUUCGGCGAGGUGCCCGUCUCCGAAACGGCCGGAGGGCCGCACGCCUGUUCCCUCUGCCCGAAAAGCUUCCGGCUGAAGACCAGCCUGCUGAUCCACCAGAAGACUCAUGCCGUGGGGAAGAGCGACAGCCCCUUUGUCUGCUCCGAGUGCGGCUGCGGCUUCAGCCACCAGGCCCAGCUGACGCGGCACCAGGCCGUCCACGCCGACCGGCCGCACCAGUGCGCGGAGUGCCACAAGGCCUUCAACCGCAAGUCCAGCCUGGUGGUCCACCAGAAGACCCACCGCGAGCGGCCGCGCCCCUUCCAGUGUCCCCAGUGCAGCAAGACCUUCAUUCGGAAGCAGCACCUGGACGACCACACCCGCACCCACACGGGGGAGAAGCCCUACCAGUGUCCCGAGUGCGAGAAGCGCUUCGCCGAGAAGUCCAAGCUGACCAACCACUACCGCAUCCAUACCGGCGAGCGGCCGUACCGCUGCGGGCAGUGCGACAAGCGCUUCGUGCGGGCCCACCACUUGGUCAAACACCAAAGCAGCGUCCACCAAGCCGGGGCUAAGCUCUACUCCUGUCGGGAGUGCGGGCAGAGCUUCGGCCACGCCCAGGCCUUCCUCAGCCACCAGGCCAGCCACGCCAACGGCGAGAGGCGCCACCGUUGCACCGAAUGCCUCAAGACGUUUGCCCGCCGGAAGUACCUGCUGGAACACCAGCGUAUGCACACGGGAGAGAACCCCUACGCCUGCCCACACUGCGGCAAGCACUUCCGCUACAAGCAGUCCCUCAAGCAACAUCUGCGCAUGCACAGGGAGCAGCUGCCCCCGCCGCCGCUACCGUCUGGGCCUGCUCUGCCAGUCAUCAACCCCAUGGAGCAGGACCCUCUCUUGGAGGCCAACCCACCCAGUGGAACUUGAAGCUGGGCCACGAGGUGGUCUUCUACGCCAAACGAACCGCUGCGCUAGAAUCGGCACCCUGGUGGGUCGGCUGAGGCCUUCGAUGCUGCUUCUCUCCCUGCGGGGAGGCUUCCUUCUUGCUUGCUGAUCAGGACCGGGUGGGGGCAGGCUCUCGUCCUGCGGACAAGCCCAGCUGCCAGCCAUCAAAAGACACCAGUUCUCUGAAAUAUUUCUUUUUGAUCGAAACGGCUGCCCCAAAGACUCUCGCCGUCCUGCACUGUCAUCGGAGGAGCUGCGAAUCCUGGCCGAACGAAACAAAAACGGAACAAAACAAAAAAAAAAUCGCGACUAAAAUGCGAUCGUGCCCACUUACCUUCUUGGUCCCAGCACGGGAGGCCAGCCCGCUGGAGUGGGUGUGCAGCUACACCCCGAGGCCAGGGUUUCCUCGCCUGCGGGGUAAGAAAGACACUGACCCCCGAGGUGGUCGUGCCUGCCUCCGAUUUUCUGGCUUCGCCUUCCGCACCCUCCGCUAGACGAUCAGAGGAGCAUUUGAAAACACUUUUGGUACGGAGGGUGCUGCAAACUUUUCAGGGGCUGAACCAGCCCCCUCCUCAAAAAAAACCCAACCCACAAAAGACAGCCAGAAAGUUGGAAUUGAUUGUCUCCUGCUGCCUGCCUCUCUUUCUCCGGAGGGCCACGCAGGAUAGCUGUCCGUGGCCAAACUUCGGAACAGUUCUGCCCUCUCUGGUCGCAGAAGCUGGCCACUCCUUCCUUAUUUUGCUGCUGUCAAUCGAGCUGUGUUGUCGAGCUCCUGGUUCACCGGUUUCCUGCCGGUGCCACCCUACGCCAAAACGCUCUCGCCGAAGGCCCGGCUGCGGUUUUCCAUUCAGUACGUUUCGUUGCCGAGACGCCGACGGACAGGGACGCAAAAUCUCGCAUUCUGCUCCGCCUCUCCAAGUUCUUUCUCACCAGGAGGUAGCCGUGACGUCAUUUUCUCCAGCCCUGAAAAUCCUCCCCCACCCCAAAAAAACCCAGAGCUCGGCAAGGGACCCCCAAGGCUGCACUCGUAAGCCGAGACCCCCAACCCACUUCCAUACUAGGCUCUCGCUGGCUUAAAUCCAACUGCACUACAGGUAAUCCGUUUAGUGCGGGGGGGGGGCAACCUUAAACACUCAAAGAGCCAGUUGGAUCCGUUUCCCACAGAAAACACUGGGAGCCGCAAAACUCAUGCGCACACAUGCGUGCGCCAGAGGGGGGGGGCUUGAUUGAAGAGUUUAAUUAAAAAGAAAUAGAAGCUGCUGUG